GGAAUCCAUGGUAUGUACAUGGAAUUGUGUUUUAAUUUCAUGUGUGUCUGAAGUGGUGGUGAAAUUGGCAGUUAAAGUUGCUUUCACAUCAGAAACUAGUCAAAACCUCACAACAGUGAAAAAAAGGAAAGGACAAGUAAAACAACCAAUGGAACUAUACCCAGAGUUAAAAUUUGACAAUGGGGGCACAUUGGGAUUUUAAUAUUUUAUGGGUUUUGUCUUCUCAUUCCUUGCCAAAAACAGUGAAAACUCAUGAAAGUCUAGGACUUUUCAGGUCACCUUCUUCAAUCAAAGAGGACCACUUUUCCUUUUUAUUAGUCUUAUUAUUUAUUUUUAUUUAAAAAAAAAUUUUGCUUUCUUUUUCUAUCUUGCCCUGUUCAUGGAUCCCAAGGGCUCAACAGCAAAGCAGCCACCACAAGGGGUACCCAACUUCUUGAGCCUUCCACAGCCACAACACCAUCAACAGCAACAACAAGAACAAGAGCAAGAACCAAACAUGGGUGAGAACAAGCCUGCUGAAAUCAAAGACUUUCAGAUUGUGAUUGCUGACAAAGAAGAAGGGAAGAAACAACUAGCCCCAAAGAGAAGCUCAAACAAAGACAGACACACAAAAGUUGAAGGAAGAGGAAGGAGGAUAAGGAUGCCAGCUCUAUGUGCAGCAAGAAUUUUCCAAUUGACCAGAGAAUUGGGUCACAAAUCUGAUGGGGAAACCAUACAGUGGCUGUUACAACAGGCUGAGCCAUCUAUAAUAGCGGCCACUGGGACUGGAACCAUACCAGCUUCAGCUUUAGCAGCGGCAGGGGCCUCUGUUUCACAGCAGGGGACCUCUCUAUCAGCUGGUUUACACCAAAAGAUUGAUGAAUUAGGGGGGUCCAGUAUUGGGUCAGGUAGUAGGACCAGUUGGCCAAUGGUUGGUGCCAACUUAGGGAGACCCCAUGUGGCCUCAGCGCUAUGGCCCCCAGUCACUGGUUUUGGGUUUCAGUCAUCAUCUGGUCCAUCUACAACUAAUUUGGCCACUGAAAGUUCAAAUUACUUGCAAAAAAUUGGGUUUUCUGGCUUUGACUUGCCACCCACCAAUAUGGGUCCUAUGAGUUUUACUUCUAUAUUGGGUGGGAGUAACCAGCAGCUUCCUGGAUUGGAACUUGGCUUGUCUCAAGAUGGUCAUAUUGGGGUUUUGAACCCACAAGCCUUGAGCCAGAUUUAUCAGCAGAUGGGACAAGCUCGAGUUCACCAGCAACAGCAACAGCAACAGCAACAUCAGCACCAGCACCAACACCAACACCAACACCAGCAUCAACCUCCUACCAAGGAUGAUUCUCAGGGUUCAGGACAGUAAGUUUGGGCUUUGGAGACAUUAAAGUUUACAACUUUGGGGAAGGACAUCAAAGAAGUAACAUUGUUCAGAGGCUGAGUUCUUUUGUAAUGGUUUUUGUAUUGUAUAAUUUGGAGAAAAAAAAUAUGAAAAAAAAAAAGUGAGGAAAAUGAUACUGAGAGAAUUCAAUAGGGACUGGAAUGGAUUUGGUUUGCCUCUUCUUUUUGUCCUCUGCAUCACCUAAGUCUCCAAAAACAGGUGGAAUUGUGCACAGCCAAAUUGCUUGGGUUUUGGAUUAACUUCUUGUUUUUUUCAGAGGUGUGUUGAUUAUAGUGUAAGGCAUCUUUAAUUAUUUUUCUCCUUCUUUAGGUCUGGAUGGAGUGGUUAUCGGUUUGCUUGUGACAUUAGAGUUUCAGUCAUACUUGUCCAAUUGGUAGAUCUAGUAAGGGAUUUUGAUUAUCUAAUAUAUUCUUAUGUUUUGCACAGAAAGGGCAAUUACUUA